AUGUUUUUAAUAAAUAAAUGAGGUUAAAUAUAUUUUGACAUGUGGCAAGUUGUCACUCCUACGGUUAAGUAAACAAAAGGUAGCUUCUAAUAAGCAUAGAACGUGGUUUUUGUAACGAACGAACGAUUAACGGUACUUUUUUUUAUUAAUGGAUUCAAAUAUUUCUUGUCCAGUAUGUGACAAAAAGUUUCCAAAAACUGAAAUUGAUAAGCAUAUCGAUAAAUGUCUUUUUUUAAAUUCUUCAACCAUUACCCCUACACAAAAACCAAAACCGGUUGCAAGUAUUUUUUCUAAACGUCCAAAUAAAGAUAAUGGGGAAGAAAGUCCUUCAAAAAAAAUUAAAACUGAUAACAACAAAAAUGAACAGAUCAAAAGUUCGUCAAAAAAUUUAUCAACACCGUCAAUUCCAUUAGCAGAAAAAGUUCGCCCAACGAGUUUAGAUGAAUAUGUGGGACAAGAACAUUUAACUGGCGAGGGAAAAUUAUUGAAAACUUUGUUGAAUCGACUUGAUAUACCUAGUAUGAUUUUAUGGGGACCACCGGGAUGUGGAAAAACAACAAUUGCCUCCAUAAUUUCGAAAAAAUGUAAAGAAAAUUCUCAACAUUUACGAUUCGUUACACUAUCCGCAACAAUGGCAGGCGUUAACGAUAUUAAAGAAGCAGUAAAAAUAGCAAAAAAUGAAAUGCAGCUUAAAAGAAAAACCAUUCUCUUCCUAGACGAAAUCCACCGUUUCAAUAAACUUCAACAAGAUAUUUUUUUGCCGCAUGUUGAAAGUGGAACUAUUACCUUAAUUGGAGCUACCACUGAAAAUCCAUCAUUUAGUUUAAAUUCCGCACUCUUAAGUCGCUGUCGAGUGAUUGUUUUAGAAAAAUUAUCUGUGGAUAAUUUAAAAUCAAUUCUAGAACGUGCGUUGUGCAAUUGUAAUGUUGAUAUAAUCGAUAACAGCGAUAUAAUCAGUGCAAAUAAGGCAAUUAAGCGAAAUGCUGUUGAGUGGCUGGCAGAAAUAUGUGAUGGCGAUGGUAGAGUUGCGUUAAAUACUUUACAAAUUGCGUUAAAUACAUUUUCUGAUACAAAAUCGAAUGAUAAUAUAAUUACUUUGGAGAAAAUUAAAGAUAGUUUAGAAAAAUCGCAUAUGUUGUACGAUAAACGUGGCGAAGAGCAUUAUAAUUUAAUGUCGGCAGUGCAUAAAUCAAUUCGAGCUUCGGAUCAAAAUGCUGCGUUGUAUUGGGUAACUAGAAUGCUUGUAAGUGGAGAGGACCCGUUGUAUAUUGCUCGACGGUUGUUACGGGCUGCGAGUGAAGAUGUCGGUUUAGCUGAUCCAAAUGCGUUAACUGUCGCAACAUCAACCCUUCACGCUUGUCAAUUUGUUGGCAUGCCCGAAUGCGAGAUAUUUUUAGUACAGUGUGCCAUAUACUUAGCGCGUGCUCCUAAGUCACGUGAAAUGGAUCGUGUGCUCGGUGAAUGUAAAAAUUUUAUUAAAAAUUUUAAAGGUCCACAGCCGGGCGUACCACUAAGAUUACGUAAUGCACCAACUAAACUAAUGAAAGAUUUGGGAUAUGGAAAAGGAUAUAAUAUGCUUCCAAAAUCUGUAACAAAUCUUUCAUCAAUGCCCGAAGGAUUAGAAAAUGUUGAUUUUUUUAAACGAAAAAAUUAUAAUAGUUAA